AUGCCAAAGACUACUGUUCAUCAACUCUACAAUCAAAGUGGCAAAAACGUUACUUUGAUGGAGACAGCAGACACUGUUCUCAACAUUUCCAUUGAGGACUACGUCCAAGUAAUCAACAAGACCUUCGUGAACAAUGUUCUUGAAUUCACUUACACUCCACCUGAAGAUCAUGAAGAUGAUGAUUUGUUUUUCCAAACCAAAAUCACACGUGAUACCUCUCACACUCCAAACAGAUAUUAUGGAUUUGUCAAGCUCGGCAGUGAAACCAUUCAAAUCAUUGUUCCAUCCAAGAUGAGCUACAAGUUGUAUCUCUCAGACACUAUCAAGGUCUCAGAGACAUCCACUACUCUCCCAACGGAUUUCAAGUUUUGGAAGACCUUGGAAGUUACCAUUCAAAUGAAGCAGGAGGAUCAUUCAGUGGGAACUUCUUAUACCUUGGAUGGUAAAGAAUGUGAUGACAUUAUUCUCUACAACGAUGCCCUUACCUAUAAGAGUAAGGACAUUUCUGAAAAGAUCUACGUCUUUUCUCUGGACUACUCCUUGACUACAGAUGUCUUACUUGGAAGAUAUCAAAAGAGAGGUGACAAGCAAGAUGAUAAGACCAAACUCUAUCCAAGUUAUUGGAUAAAAGCUGAGCCAGAAGGACAUUAUAAACCUGUUUCUGAUUUUACCCAUUCAGGUCUUACCUUAAAGGAGUUGAUUGAGUUGAGCCCAUACGAAUUGGAGGUAGAUGAUAAGGAUUCAACCAAAUCCAAGAUGGUGGAUAAAGCAUCUCGUGAAUGUGCAGUAGCAUUUGAUACUUUGGUUCGUUACUGUAUGGAUGAUGAUUUGAGAUCCAUGUUUUUCAAUCAGCACAAACCAACUUUGGACGCCGCUCUUCAAGAUAUCUUGAAUCAUAGCAUUCCUGGUUAUGCACAAACUGCAUCUGAUUUUUACAAAAAGUAUUCCAUCGCCUACUUGGCACACGCAUUGGAAACCUCAAGCAAAGAUGAGGCAUUGAAGAAAGUGGAUUUCAAACGAGUGACCAAUUACAUUCGAGAUGGUGUUAUUCAAGAUGCCAAUUAUAUCACUCAAAGCAGCUUGCUCUAUAAUUAUGGUUAUAAAAGAGCUGUGAAGAGAAUUGUUGAUUACAUCCAAGAUAGCACUAAUACUUCCAAAACAUAUUGGGCUGAGCAACUCUACUUGUACUACUCACAAGAGAGCGUUUUAACAAAGAUUGUUCAGAGUCUCUUAGUCACUGAUACUACAGAUAAGGAACGAUCAAAGACAUUCAUGAACUCAAUCAUGUUCAAAAUGAAUUUGCUGGAUCCCAGCCAACGUUUUUCUCAAAAUCUCUAUGAGAAAAUUAUGGUUGCCAUGUAUAAUGAGUCAUCUCUUGAAUGGAUGAGACAGUUUGUGAUGAAUGAAGAAGAAGUUCUGAAACAUCCUGAGGAUCACCAAGAUGAAAUUAACACCUUUGCGCAAAUGUUGGAGGAUACUGCCAAACGAAUGAGUGACACUCUUCAACAACAACUGCUAGAGGAUUUAGCUCGAAUUGUUAGAACAAAUCUUCAAGCUGGACUUGAGUUGUAUAUCAUGGCCAUGCGUUGUAAUGUUGACAAAUCCUUCCUGCCAGAAAACAAGUCUCUCACUAAAUUCUAUGACAAGUGGCAGCCAAAGAGCACUAUUGGCAAGAUGAUCAAAGAGGGUCUUCCUAAAUCAUUUGGAAGACUUGCUUUCGGUUCACUCUCUGUUAUUGCAAAUGGUUUCAGCAUGUAUUUCAUUAUGAGUGCAGCAGGUUCAUUCAGUUCGUUACAACCAGCUGAAAAAGCGAUGGUUAUUGCAACUCUAGUUUUCAUGGGUGUGGAUGCCAUUUCUCAAACCAUUGCUCGAUCUGUAAAAUUGAUCAAGGACUAUCGAAGACUUAAAGCUGCUGGUCAAGCCAUGUUUGAAUCAAUAGAAAUGGUGGAACUCAAUCGUUCUGGACCAGAACAUGGUGAAUCCUAUAGAUUGAUGGCAAAAGAAGGCUUACAAAAUACCAAGAGUUCUUUUGCCAAGAGAUUUAGAGAAAAUCUAAAAAGCAUUGAUGGAAUGAUGAGAGUGAUUGGUGCCAUUGGUAUUGCAGUGAAUAUUGGUUUCACAGUUUACAGCUUGAUUAAGGCCAUCCAAUCAGGAGAUCCAGCAGCUAUUGGUUUGAACUCGGCACUCAUUUUGACUCAAGUCGUGGAGGGAAUUACUUUGGUUCUGUCUCUCGGAUUACAAGGAUCCGGUGCAGUGGCCAAUGCUGUCAUUGGUAAUAUUGCUUCUGUCAUUUCAUUGGCCUUAAUUAUUGCCAUGUUGUUCCAGAAACAACCGACCACCAUACAAGCGUUUGUUGGGGAUGAUCGAAUGGCCUAUUAUCGUUUCCAUGAUAUGAAUGAAAUUCCAACUUUCAACAACUUUGAACAACGUAUGAAAGAGGAUGACUUUUCCAGUGUGAGUCAAUUAGUCUCUCCUUCCCACAACAAAAAGCUCGUACUCAAGCCUGAUGGUCUCACAGUCGUGGAUGUCAAGGACAAAACAGAGACUCACAUUGUGAAAUUCAACAAUCCAAGCAAUGUCGCGGUGAAUAUGACUUUCACUUUAGAAAAAAUUACGGCUCAGACUGCCACAGACAGCACUCCAUUGGCCAUCUUCAAGUUUGAUCCAGCUCCUCAAUUUACAUUCAAGGAUCUUCCAUUGUAUUUGGUGUUGCAAGAUGAUGGAAAAAUCAUGGUGAGAAAUCAAGACCGUACAAAGAUUUAUCCAAUCACGAGUGAAAAUUUCAAACCCUCUCCAAAAAAUUAA